UGGCCUCCGCUGGUGUGAGAAGAGGGUCUCUGUUCUAAUCACUCGAAUCUGAUUUCUGGGGAAUCAAGACCCCCAGGAAACUCAUUUUCUUGGGCGACCUCAGGUUGGAGACCAAAUCCUGCAGGCGACAUUUGCUCAUCCACAUCUGGAGAUAACCCUUUCUCCCAACUCAAGACUUCUUUUAUCCCCACCCCCACUUUUCCCUCUCCCCGCCAAGAAUAGGUUCAGUUAUGGACAACGACAUUCCAAUCUCGCUCCUUUCUUCACUUCUCAAAGUAACGAGUGCACGUCCGGACGUGUGUUCGAGAUUGCAUGCAUCUUACUCGCAGCGCGACGCAACCGCUGGGCUCUCCUUAACCCGGGUUUCUCGCCCCGCCUCCUUUGUGAUUCCCAGAGCCUGCUCCGCCCACGUCCCGCCCCCGCCCUGCCCCUCAGCCCCGCCCUAUGUUCGCUCUGCCCCUCUACCAGGUCCUGGACUGGCUCAGCUUCCUCAGCCUGGCCUCGCAGGCCUGGCGGGGUCCCGUCCUGUCCCACCUUCCCCGGCCCGCUCCCUCCACAGCUCCCCGGGUGCGGCCCGCCUCCUUCCUGGCCCUCAGUGGCUCUCCCACCUCGUCCCGCCCUCGCCCCUCUCCUUCCGCUUCCCUGAGCCGCAACCAGGACUCCGGCCGCGCGGGGUCUCGUCUCCAUGGCGACGUCGUGUGUACAGCUCCCAGCUCACAACACCGCGCGAACCCCGAGCUGGGCUGGCCUUCUGUAUCCGCCCCGAGGAAGGGCGGUGUGAAGGAACCACGGGCAGGUUCGGGCUCUGGGGUUCCACGGCUGCAGAGCUGGCGCUCGAAAAGGUACCAAAAUAUAGACAGAAUGGCAGAGUGCUAGUGUUUGAUCCAAAGGCAAAAGUGAUGCUUGAACCAAAUGAAGCAAUGUCAGAUAAAUGCCUCUUUGGACGCAGACCAAGAUUGGCAAGCAAACUUUGUACCUCGCCAACACAAGUCUCUCUAAAUGUAGCUAGGACGAUCUCAGAAAAGAAGGAAGUCUCUUCAAAAAAUAUUGAAAAUACAGCCUCUUUAAGGAAUACUGAAAAUAGAGCAUCUUCAAAGAGUAUUGAAAAUAAAGAUACAGAAACAAAUCUACAGUCUAAGCUAUGGUCAUCUUCCUUCUUAAAAGAAAGCAUAGGUCAAGUGGGCAAAGAUGCAGUCCUUCAAGAGCAGGAGAAAAAUAACAAACGUUGCCUUCAGGGUAUUGAUGAUAAGUUAUCUGAAUCGACAGAUGAUGAUGGUGAAGAUGAUACCAGUGAUGAUGAUAAUGAUGAAGACAGUCACCCUAAUAAAGAUACUCAUGCUCCAUUAGAGUUAAUGGCAGAAUUCCUGAGAGCAGAAAUGGGCCAAGACUACCAUUUGGCAAAAAAAUUAUGUCAGAUGAUUCUAAUCUAUGAACCAGAAAAUCCUGAGGCCAAGGAGUUUUUCUCACUUAUUGAAGAAAUGUUGCUGAUGGAGAAAUCUCAAAAUCUUGAGGAAGAUGAUGAAGAUAGUGAAGAAGACAGUAGCAGUGAGAAUGAAGGAGAGAGCAGUGAGGAGCUAAGUGAAGAAAGCUCUGAUGAAUGCGAAGACGGGUGAUGAAGAUUUCCUACAACUUGCAGCUGAGCGAGUCCUACCCAAUGUACCUGCCACAGGAUAGCAAGCAUGAUGACUGACAACAUCCUCUAAGACUGUAAGCCAAACUGGACUCUUUAGCUUACCCUCAGGAUGGCCACUCAAAGCCAAGGAAGGGGAAUUGGUGGGUUUUUGUGCCAGUUAACAGUAUGUGUAAAAUAGAAAUACACGCAUACCUCAUUUUAUUGUGCUUUGCUUUAUUGCACUUUGCAGAUACUGCAUGUUUUACAAAUUAUAGUUUUGUGGCAACCCUGCACUGAACAACUGUAUUGGUGCCAUUUUGGGAAUUCUCACAAUAUUUAAAACUAUUUCGUUAUUAUUAUAUUUGUUACAGUGACCUGUGGUCAGUGAUUUUUGGUAUCACUAUUGUAAUUAUUUUGCGGUGCCAUGAAUUAUGCCCAUAUAAGACAGAGAACUUAACCGAUAAAUGUGCUCUACCAACCCACCCCGCUAUCUCUCUCCCUGUCCUCAGGACUCCCUAUUCCCCGAGAUACAAUAAUUUUGAAACUAAACCAAUUAAUAUCCCAACAUUGGCCUCUAAAUAUUCAAGUGAAAAGAAGAGUCACAUGUCUUUCACUUAAAAUCGAAAGCUAGAAAUGACUAAGCUUAGUAAGGAAGGCACAUUGAAAGCAAAGACAGGCUGGAAGCUAAGUCUCUUGCAAGUUAGCCAAGUUGGGAACGCAAAGGAAAAGUUCUUAAAUGAAAUUGAAAAUGCUACUUCAGUGAACAUACAAAUGAUAAGAAAGGCAACCGCCUUGUUGAUAGGGGGAAAGUUUUAGUGGUCUGGAUAGAAGAUCAAACCAGCCACAACAUUCCCUUAAGUAAAAGCCUAAUUCAGAGCAAAGCCUUAACACUCUUCAAUUCUAUGAAGGCUGAGAGAGGUGCAGAAGCUGCAGGAAAAAAGUUGGAAGCUAGCAGAGUUGGUUCACGAAGUUUAAGGAAAGGAGUAGCAUAAAAGGAGCAUUUAUCUCCACAGCAUAAAAGUGUAAGGUGAGGCAGCAAGUACUGAUGUAGAAGCUGCAGCAAGUUGUCCAGAAGAUCUGGCUAAGACAUGAAUGAAGGUGGCUACACUAAGCAGAUUUUCAACAUAAACAAAACAACCUUCUAUUGGAAGAAGAUGCCACCUAGGACUUUCAUAGCUAGAGAGAACUCAAUGCCUGGCUUCAAAGUUUCAAAGGACAGGCUGAUCUCUUAAUACAGGGAAAUGAAGCUAAUGACUUAAAGUUGAAGCCAAUGCUCAUUCACCAUUCUGAAAAUCUAAGGGCGCUUAGUUGGCAAGGAUGCAGAGGAAGGGGAACUCCCUUACACUGUUGGUGGGAAUGCAAACUGGUGCAGCCACUGUGGAAAACCAUAUGGAGUUUCCUCAAAAAGUUAAAAAUAGAACUAGCCAAUGACCCAGCAAUUGCACUACUAGGUAUUUACCCAAAGGAUACAAAAAUAUAGAUUUGAAUACAUGUACCCUAAUGUUUAUAGCAGCAUUAUCAACAAUAGCCAAAUUGUGGAAAGAGUCCCAAUGACCGUCAACUGAUGAAUGGAUAAAGAAGAUGUGGUAUUAGCCAUCAAAAAGAAUGAAAUCUUGUCAUUUGCAAUGAUGUGGAUGGAGCUAGAGGGUAUUAUGCUAAGCAAAAUAAGUCAGAGAAAGACAAAUACCAUAUGAUUUCACUCAUAUGUGGAAUUUAAGAAACAAAACGAACAUAGGAGGAAAUAAAAGAGGAAAACCAAAAAACAGACUCUUAUCUAUAGAGAACAAACUGAUGGUUACCAGAGAGGAGGUAGGUGGGAGAAUGGGUUAAAUAGGUGAUGGG